AUGUGCUAUCAGUUUCGCUCCUUUAUCUGGGACUCAGAUACCCACCUCAAGUCCCACGAAGAGCGCAAGCUUCUUCGCAAACUAGACUUCUCCAUCUUGACAAUAGGGUGCUUGGGGUUCUUCCUCAAGUACCUCGACCAAGGAAAUCUUUCGAAUGCCUACGUAUCAGGGAUGCAAGAGGACCUGAAGAUGUUGGGGAAUGAGUAUACCUACGCCGUUACGUGCUACACGGUUGCGUACGCCAUCAUGCAGAUCCCGUCCAACAUCAUUAUUCAGUACAUACGUCCUUCGUACUGGCUAGCGGCCAUGGAAAUCUGUUGGGGAACAUUCACGUUCGCGCAGGCAGGUGUUAGAACUUCAAACAUGCUGUAUGCGUUCCGAUUCUUGGUGGGCUUUUUCGAAAGCAGCUUCUUCCCAGCCCUGCUAUUCGUCUUAGGUAGUUGGUAUACGAAGACAGAGCUGGCCAAAAGAAUCGCCAUUUUCCACAUGACUGCGCCAGUCGGGACCGCUUUUGGCGGUUAUUUGCAAGCAGCGGUCUACAAGAGCCUGGAUGGGCAUCAUGGUCUCGCUGGGUGGAGAUGGCUGUACAUAGUUUGUGGAUGUAUGACGGUGCCAGUUGGGUUCGCGACCUUUUGGAUCCUUCCCGACACCCCGUAUACGACUAAAGCCUGGUUUCUCAGUGAGGAAGAGAAAGAGUUGGCGAUUCAACGUGUCCGCGCAUCUGGCAAGGCUGCACCAGUACCACUAACCUUCGCCACGUUCAAAGUCAUUCUUACCCGCUGGCGGUGGUACGCUUUCGUCUUGGGCUACGUCUUGUAUGGCUCUUCAUGUGGUGCAGGUGACUACUUCGGCAUCUGGUUAAAGAGCGAGAAGUUCUCGGUGGUGGACCGCAACCUGAUCCCGACCGGUUCUAAACUCAUAUCCGGUUUCUGUGUCGUGCUUUGGGGCUUUCUUUCCGACUACACAGGCAGUAGAUUCGCGCUGGUUCUCUGUCCACUGAUCUAUGGGCUCAUUCCGAACGGUAUCCUCGCAUUCUGGCCGGCCAGUCAGGGAGUGAAGAUGUUUGCGUUCAUGACUAUCGGCGUGCAGCUCAUGACCGCAAUAUUCUAUUCCUGGGCGAAUGAGGUUUGCGCAGAUAACAAUGAAGAAAGGGCAAUUGUCAUCAGCAGCAUGAACGGCUUUCAAUACGCUGUGGCUGCAUGGUUACCAAUCGUCAUCUUCCCACAAACUAUGGCUCCAACCUUCAGAUACGGAUUUCCCGCGACCUGGGGGCUUGUCAUUGCGGCUUUGAUCGCGAUUGUAGGUAUACAAGUGUUACAUACCAGGGAACAGCGGAAGAAGCGAUUGAAUCGCGACACGAACCUAAGACCUGGCCAGCUUCACAAUCGGCCGGAAGCCAGCGCUUCCCUGUCGGUAAAUACGACAUUGUUUUGA